AUGGUUACAAUGACAUCCGUCAGUGUGUCCAAGAAACAGAAGGGGACGACUGGAACAGUUAGCGUCGAACAAACUGAUUUGAGCAACACCAUUGAAUCUGAUGAGCCAAAUAAAAUGAUUAUUGAAGAAUCCAUGAGCUGCAAGAAGAGGAAUGCAGGCCAGCUAAAGCUAGGGACAAAUGCUUCUUUCAAGAACAUAGAGGGAAGAAUUGAUAGUUCCAUUGAGCAGUUCAAUCCCAUAAUUUCUUUACCGGAGCCAGAGGAUUUGUUUUCUCCGAGAUAUCCAAGUGAGCUUGAUGCAGCUGCAAUCAAGCUGCAGAAAUUUUACAAGAGUUACCGGACCAGACGAAGCCUUGCAGAUUGUGCUGUUGUAGUUGAGGAGCUAUGGUGGAAGGCAUUGGACUUUGCUGCUCUGAAACGGAGCUCUGUGUCAUUCUUUGAAUCUGAUAAAUCAGAAACUGCCGUGUCAAGAUGGGCGCGGGCUAGGACGAGAGCUGCCAAGGUUGGGAAAGGUUUGUCAAAGGAUGAGAAGGCUCAGAAAUUAGCUCUAAGACAUUGGCUUGAGGCUAUUGAUCCACGCCAUCGAUAUGGACACAAUCUACACAUGUAUUAUGAUAUCUGGUUUAACAGUGGGAGCUCUCAACCUUUUUUCUACUGGUUGGACGUUGGAGAUGGCAAAGAAGAAAAUCUUGAGCAGUGUUCGAGAACUGAUCUGCAGCGUCAGUGCAUCCAAUACCUUGGACCGAAAGAGAGAGAAGCUUAUGAAGUGAUUGUGGAGAGUGGGAAGCUUGUGUACAGGCAAAGUGGGAACCUUGUGAGUACUGCUAAGGGUUCUAAGUGGAUUUUUGUCCUCAGCGCAUCGAGGAAUUUGUACAUCGGGGAGAAGAAGAGAGGCCUUUUCCAGCACUCCUCUUUUGUAUCUGGAGGUGCCACUAUUGCAUCCGGAAGAUUAGUUGCUUGCAAUGGGGUUCUUGAGGCUGUAUGGUGCUACAGCGGCCAUUAUUGCCCGACACAAGAGAGUCUUUUGGAGUUCAUUAGCUUCUUAGAGGAGCAUCAGAUGGACAUGACAGAUGUCAAGACAUGUCCUGCAGAUGAUGAUGUUCCACCUUCAUUUGCCACCAAGAAAGAGAUGAACUCAGAGUCUAUAACAAGCACCCUUGAGAAGACUAAAGAAAAUGAGGCUGCCAGAGACACUGCUGCAGCCAAUGUGGAGCCCCAAAAAUUUGAGCUGGCCAGGCCUUUGUCAUGCAAAUGGAGUACCGGGGCCGGCCCUCGAAUCGGGUGUGUAAGAGAUUACCCAGCACAGCUGCAAUCUCAGGCACUUGGGCAGGUCAAUCUGUCACCUAGAGUCACACCAGAAAUCUCUGUUAGCAAUGCUCCAAUCCCUUCACCAAGACCAAGUCCAAAGAUCCACCUCUCACCCAGGCUUGCAUAUAUGAGACUUCCUAGCCCCAAGGUUACAUAA